GCACCGCUCCGAGGCGCAUGCGCGCCGUCCGCCUGACGUCGCUGCCCUCGGGCUGCCCUUAACGCCGGCGGAGGCUGGAGCGGAGGCAGGAUGUGGUGAUGCCUGCAUUCGGUACGCUGUGCUGUGUGGACCGCAAAGAAUGGAGUUGCUGGAAGAUUAUGUAAAGAUAAAGGUGCAGAUACCACUUUAAAAGAGUAGUAAUGGGACCGGGCAUUCAAGAACAUCCUUUAUUACUGCACCGAAAGGCACAGAAAAAGGAAAGCCAAAUCAAUGAAAACCACAAAGGAAUGGUAAAUUACAGUAAUGGAAAAAGCCACCCAAGCACAAAAGGAGUAAAGAAAUCAGUUUCUCAUGUGAAAUCUUCUGGAAGAUUAUGCAAAAAUGUCCCAACUACCAAUGAAAAGACUUCCUGUGACACUCAAGAUGAUAACCAGCCACAUGUUUUUAAGAAGGGAAGAAACCAGCCGGAUGACAGUACUCAGUCAAAACAGAUCACGAGUGUUGGCACAUCACUGCCCAGAGUACAAGCAUCAAAGAGGAGUCUCCCAGGAACAAGGCAAAGUGAAUCUUUACUGCACAGGAUCCCUCCUGCUACAAAAGGCAGCACACAAGGUAGCUUCUGUAGGGUUAAAGAUGUCCCAGUGCAACAUUUUUAUUGCAGUAAAAAAGAACAGUUGGAAAAGAAUCAUGAAGAACAUGUUGCUGAAGCUGGUCCGUGCUCCUCUAAAUGGCAAGAAGCAUCUGUGAAUGAAAUGUUUCUUGAUUUUGAAUCGGUACAAAUUAUUAAAGAAGAUGCUGAAGAUGAUAGUGCCAGCGAUCUCUCUGAUUCAGAAAGGAUUCCCAUUCCUCCAUCUCCCUGCACACCACCAGAACUCAUACUCAGAGCUGAAGAAAUCGAUCCAGUUUGUUUGGAACAUGUGCCUGACACAGGUUUUAAAGAGUCAGAAUAUUACUACCCAGACUUCCUGCCGCCCCCUUUUAACUCAUGGGACUUGAAGCAACUGGCCAUCUUUGUUAAUGUAGAGGGUAGAUCUGAACUUCGACCAAAGCCAACAGGAUUUCUUGAGAAAUACAUUGAUCGCCUUUUGCAGUUGGAGUGGUUGCAGAUGCAGACUGUACAGAAUGAGAAAGCAAAGGCAGCCAAAGCCAGACCACAGACUGCUCCCAGCUCCACACGUACCCUAAAAAGCCCUGGCAAAUGCAAAGCAUUGCUUAGCCCUUUACCUAACAAACAAAUGGUUCCCCAGGAGAGUGUCACAAAACUCCCCACAUGCUAUUCAGGUCACAGGGGAGAUCCAUACUGUGAAGAAAGUCGACAGUUGCAUUCACAUCCAGGUCACUUGAAACUAUCUGAGAGAACGGGAUAUGCAAUGUCUUCUCAGAGACAAUCCAGUGAAGUAAGAAAUGAACUGAAAAAAACAACUGCAAAGCAACAGCUUCUCAAUAUGCAGCCAUCUGAGAACAGUUCUAAAAUUCAAAGUGUUGGUAAUAUCAGACCCCCUAAGCAAGCGCCAGUAUUCCAUGGUUCAGCUGCUCCCAUCAAAGGCUUAAAAACAUAUGCAUGUACAAACACAAAGAAAAAUGGCAAUGCUAACAAUUAUGUUCCUUCUAAAAAACCAGCAGGGGACAGAAAAAUAAAAACAAAUGGCACAAAGCAGACAUCACGCAAAUUUAAGUGAAGAGCUUAUUAGUAGAUGUUGAUGUUUCUUGACUGCUAGAAAGCGUAUGGCCAAUACAGAAGAGUCAUGUUAUCUUCAUAGGAAGAUCCUGAGAAAAUAUGUUCUUGAUGCAUGGUUCUAAGUCAGCACUGUUCAUUUCAAUACUUUUGAUCUUAAGCCAGCAAGGCCAGCAGGAAAUCUUUUCCCUGAAGGCAAGUGUCUUCCAUUGGUAUUUCCUCAAACGUACUGACAAUUGCUCAGUGGAGAUAACACUAGCAGAGUAUAAAAGUUUAGAGGUAUACAUAGUUUUAAAAUGUCCUCCUAUUUGCACCCAUUGAAGUUAGCUGAAGUGUGUAGUGUUUCUUCUGUGCUCCUUUUUAAGUAUUUGAGAGAACAGGAUCUGAGCUCUUUAAAAGAUAUGUUAUUUUGUGACAGGUUUCAUAGUGUUUUAUACUGGUGGAAAAGGGCUCAACGUUUUUAUAAAAUAAUGGAGCAGCUUAUCUAUGCAAAGUCAAACUAAUUCUUCAUAGAGGAUGAUGAAUUUUUGGAUGAAUUGGAUGCAUUUUUUUGCUAGGAAAAAGAAUGGAGAAAAUGUACUGGAAUAUUUUAAUACUGAAAGGAUUCUUUUACAGACAAACAGUAAUUAGAGAGCAGGCAGCUUCAAUAGUGGCAGAUUAAUAAAAUCAAAUGUAUAUUUUUAUACCCAGAAAAGUUCACUGCUUACAGACAGCAUUCCUUCGUGUUCGUUUUGUAAACCUUGAUCCUUUUGUCAUCUUGAGGAAAUGACCAAAUUUCCAAUCGCACAUGGAUAUUGGUGACUAAUGCAAAAUGAGAGUAUUACUAGACACUCUGUGGCUUGGUGUUCAGAACUGGUAAGCUCUCAAAACCCAGAAAACAGACUCCUGGUGGAUUAGCUUGAAGGCCGAUAUAAGUUCAAGUGAAGAUAUAUUUUGUUACAAAAAAAUACCUAUUUUCAGCCACCUGUGAUGACUAUUAUCUAUUCCACAGCCCAGUCUGUGCCAGCUUGGUUUGCUUCUUCUUUGAAGAUUUAGUAAAGUGGCAUGGGGAAAUACCAUAGAUAGAUGAAUUGUACAACCAGGGUUGAGUACUGUCCUUAGACCCUCUGAUUCUUCUUGUGUCUUCUUGCGAGGUACAAGAGAAUAUGAAGGAUAAUUCAGCGACCAUUCAAGUGUCAGUUCAGCUCUUAGCUGGGGACACUAUUAUGUUGAAAAUCUACAAAAUGUUUUGAAAUUUGAUUUUAAAUGAACCAUUUAGCACCAUUAGUUCAUCCUCAGCCACCUGUCGCAGUGAACUGCUGAUGAGAAGUAAGCUGAGGUCUGACAGAGCAGGUUUUACAAGUGGAUCAUUCCCAUUCAGAUAGCAAAUGAAAAAUUAUCAAUUACUAAAGAAUAUAUUAUGUACAUAGUUAAGUUGUACUUGUCUUGGUGAUCUCAUCUCUCUUGGUAUUAAGAUGCUUAGCUGUUUCUGUUCUUUCAUUGUGCCUACUAGGUCUUCAGCUUUGUAAAAUUUCCAAGCACGGAUUUAUAUGUAGUUUAAAAUGUGAGAAUAUCGAUAAAGUAGUAAUAAACUACAGUAUUUUACACAAAAACAAUGCUCAGGAAUAGACUAAGAAAUAUUUUUAGUGGCUUUUUCCUAGUUACUGGAGACCAAAUGUGAAAUUUUCAAUUGAUGAAGGAAACAAUUUUAAUACACAGUAUUAUAUUUCCAUAUGCAGUAUUUGUUAGGAUACAUUUAUAAUAAAUCAUAGUUGCUUCUACAUUCUGCUCUAUGCAAUUAAAGUGGAACUUAAUCUGAUGUGCUCAAAGAUCAAAUAAAUUGGCUGUGUCAGAGGUGUGGAGAAACUGACAGGAUGGCAUUCAAAUACCAGCAGCUGCAGAGCAUUAGCACAUUCUUGUGUUACAGUUUUAUCCUUUUGUUUUGUUCCGGAUUCUUCCUGUGUUUCAGCUUCUUUGGAUGGAAAGGGUUUUGCAUCCAGUGCUGGGAUUUCAAGCUUUUGCCAAAUUCUACAAGCCUUCAUUAGUAAAGUUUUACUGAUUUACAUUCAGAUUAAUAAAAGUAGGACUGCUCUUGCUAGUAAGCACGAUUUUAGUAGACUAUUUUAGCACACUACUGUAAGCUCCAAAAGCAAGGUGAGCAGGAUCAGUAUCAGAAUGGCAGGUUUUUUAAACACAUUUUCUUAGGUGCAGUAAUUUAGUGUAUUAUUAUAACACUGAAUAUUAAUUAGCGUAUGCAAAAUUUUCCUCUGAAAUGUUGCUUUAUAUCGAUGCUUCCUUAGGUUACAAGGAAAGCAUGAGGAUACACGCACGUUUUGCAUGAUAACUUCUUAAAGAACAAAUAAAUAGUGCUUCAGUCAGCUCUGACCAGAGCAAAGUCAACUUUUUCUUCAAAGUCACAUUUUUUUCUUGCAGACCUAGGAAUUAAAAAAUUCUGUUUUAAUGUAUUGCUUGUGGUCUAAUGCACAUCUAAUGCAAAUCUGUUGCUGGAGACUUUUUAAAAAUUAAAUAGGCAGAAGUAGUGAUGACACUGAAAGUAAAUCUGAAUACUUGUUCAUCGCUAAGCAUUGGCUGUGAUCAGGACAAACAAAGUUUGUCUCGCAUGAUAAUUUUUGUUCACUGAUUUGGUACUUACACAGCAAAGUCUACUUUGUUUGCAUACAGAAACAGAAAUUCUGAUUUUACCUCAAAAAGAAUUAUUUACAUGAGAGAUCUGCAAGUGUUGGAAUUUAUCCAGAGCCGGUUUUGCUUCUAUUUUAACUUGCCUGUGUUCUGAGCCUGUAGCUGAAAAGAGCUCCCUCUAUAAAGAAGACUAUGGUUUAUCUUUCUUUGAAUUUGUAUUGAUGGGCAUUGCCUUUAGAAUCAGAAUAUAGCAGAAAUGUUUACUCCUUACUCCUUUACUUCACUCCUUACUUACUCCUUUACUUCACUGUAUUUAGCAAUAUGCUCCUAUGUUCACAUGUCUUUAAGCCAAGCACAGAAGAUACUUCUUGAACAAGUUUACUGUGAUUUGAGAUAUUUAAAUGGAGUGAUUUUUUUUCUUAGAUAUUUUAAAGGUUUAUUACCUUUAAUAGACUCAGGUUGCAUUUUAAAUAAACACUCAGAUUCCACAUCAGUUAUACCAAUAUAAGCUAGGAAUAGCUCUUGUUCUCAAUGAAAUUACCUAAAGAUGUAACCAAACAAUUUUGCUCCAAUACGUAUAAAUGGUUUUCCAUAGCACUGCUAUGUAGUAUUUUUAAUAUAUAACGUGAAGGAUUUUAAAACAAAUCCAUUUUGCUCUCGAGACACUUUUUUUCUCCAUUACUUGUGUCUCUGCAGACAAAUACAGCGGUCAGCUGUAGUUUCACCCCUUUGCACUCCUACACACCUUGUGGUAGCUUUCAGUUGAAGACACUGGUUCUGAAGGUUCUGCACCAUGUCUCCAGAUCUUCAUUUUGUUAUCUGCACAGACAUCAAGCUUUGGCAGUUACUCACUUUGGAGUUGUGCUCCAAAGAGGGAUUGUUACUGUGUGAGCAAGGCGUGCAAUCCUGGGAAAUGGGGCAUCACAAGUGAAAGAGCCUUGGUAGGAACUGUCCAAUCAGUCCCUGCUGCUGGUUCAGUAUUUUCAGUCAUGGGAUGGCCACUUGCUGGUUAAGUGGAUUGCAUUUGUCUUUGCAAAUGGGAGAUUACCUUUGCUGGUACAAAUUCAGCGUACUGGAAUUACAGCACUUCUGAAAGAGACCAAAAGAUUCAGCAGUAUUUUCUUCUAAGUUGAGUUUAGUGCAAACAGGUUGCCAGAACUAAGAGCUCUCACCUCCCAUGGGUGCCUCUCCCAGGAUGCUGUGGCUGUAGUUCUACUGCCCACGUGCUACCAGUGCCCUUCUGUCAUCUGCUGCUGGCCUGUGCCCGACAUGAUGGAAGAGGGGAAUCAUGCUGCACAGGAUAAUUAUGCUUACAUCCUUGGACUAAGAUGUCUUGUUUGACUCCAGCCUUCUUAAUUAUGCUGCAACCUCAUUAUUAUUUUGUCCUUUCUUGUGUGUUAUUUAUUGUUGAGGUAACUUUCGUAUUUCCUAUUUAAAGGAACUCAUUAGAAGAUUCAGAAUAUUUUGACUGAUUUUUUUUCAGCGGGUGUGAUACCUUCUUUGGAACUGAUAUCAAAAGUUAAAAAUUCUACAGUAUGAAAUUGCUUGUAAUGUACUUUUUUUUUGGCCCAAUUUUGAAACGUGUUCAGUCUUUUCUUUUUUACUCCCACUGGAAUUAUUAGUGGGUUUUCUCAAGAAAAAUAAUUAAAACAGGCCAAUUUGUUUGGAGCCCCGGUUUUGAUGUUGGUAAUCAUUUGUUCUUAUUUAUUCAAAGCUUCUGUGGCUAUUUUUGCUGGAAAUUUCACUGGAAAGUGAUCUUGUAAUUUAAAGUUUCUGUGUAUUUGCUAUAUUAAAAAUGAGAUGCUGCCUA